UCAUCGGAUUGAGAGACAUGGAUGGGUAUAGAUGAAAAAACAAGAUGUCUGAAACAGACGGUUCAAACGAGCAAGUCAUUUUAGCAACUGCGGGCUACGAUCAUGCGAUCAAGUUCUGGCAAGCUCACAGCGGAAUAUGUCAUCGUACAGUUCAGCAUCCAGACUCUGUAUCCUUUUAAAAUGCAGUGUUUGCUGUAUUUUUGCUGCAUUUUACUUUUAUGAGGUUCUCUAGAAUACGGAAACCCCUUUCCCCUCUAUUGUGGUCGAAAGCUGUGUUGGUCUCAGACACUGAACCUCUUGUAUAAAGCAGACUCCUCUGUAUUAAAUUCGCCAUUUGUACAUUUCCCAUAAUACAGUCCACUCUUUCUAAGACAGUCACCUUUGGGACUGAGUGUCCAUCUUAUAGCAGAGCUCCAUGCGAGCGCACGCGCGCGAGUGGAGCCCCACACCUAACAAAAUUUGGUCAUCCAUCCAUCCAAGAAAUUUCGGUAAUCACAUGACUGUACGCCCGUCCGACUGUCCGUCUGCACCACAGGCGUUAAUAGAGGUGUCUUUUAAGAGAGAGUCGACUGUACACCUUGCCCCCCUUCCCCCCUAAAUAAAUUUUGCAUAGGCAUUGUCUUUAAUUUCUCCUUGGACAACUACAAUACUCAGGAGAAAUUAAAAACAAAGGUUAUGCAAAACUUUGGGGGGCAAACAAGGUAUAUUAUGGGAAAUAUGCUCUUAGCGAAUGAGGACACUUGGUUCUGUUUCUUUGGGUAGUCCAUAUCAAGAAGGUUUGAUCGUAUUCUGAAACUAUUAAACUAAUCAUAGCUUAGUUUACUGACUGGUUUGUUACCUAGUUAAUGUAUUGUUAAGUUUCUUUUUUAGUCAGGUAGUUGCAUAGGUGAGGAAUGUUUUGAGCGGCAGCACUGUGCUUAGAACAACAGUUUUUCGAUUAGCCUGAGAACAGAAUGUUUGGCCUUAGAACAGUCAACAUUUCAUGAGGCCACCACUGGUUUCUCUGUAAAAUGAUGUCUGAAGAACGAGGGUAGAAAUUCCAUACUGCAGUGAUUUUGUCACCCUUGAGUCCUGCAGCCCCGACGCAUAAAGGUCCCCAAACAUGCAAAAUAAUUCAUUGCAUGCAUCCCUUAGGAUGCAAAGAUCGAUGGAUUGCUCUGAAGAUGUUUUAAUUAUGGAAUAUAUAAUAUCCUGUUUGUGUGAUUUCUGUGGCUGUUGUUUAACGAUGCAUAUUCAUUUCAGUCUUUUUUGUGCUUUAAAUAAUAGAAAGACUAUAUUAUUUUUAAUUGACUGGUUACAUAAAGACCCAAGCAUUUUCAGUUUAGGACCUGUCUUUUUUUGAUCUGGGAAUCAUUGGUUCUGGACUGGGACUCCUGAUUUUUCACAAGAUGAGUCCCAGGACUCACCAUAAUUAUUUGCAACAAAAUCACUGAUACCGAUGAUUGUUGCUACCCAGAUCUGGAUUUAAGUGGCUCUGAUUGUUUGUUCCAUGAGAACAAGUUGUGUCAACCAAUUAUUAGGAGCACUAGCCAGAUCGUGGUAGUGACCCAUCAUGAGUAUGGAGUUCUGUGCUCAUUCCUCAGACAUCACUUCGUCAGGUAACCAGUAGUGGCGUUGCAAAAUGUCAGCUGUUUUCUAAGGUUACUUUUGAAAUUAAUUAUUUCAGUUUGUUUGCUAGUUGAUUUCUUUAACCAGAUUUGCAGCAAGUCAAUGCCAUGCAGAUCACCCCUGAUAGACAAUUACUAGCUGCUGCAGGUAUUUACUGGGCUUUUAAAAAACACACAAACUCUGGAGUUCAAAAGCAGCCUUCACAAAUGUGUUUUUUCCUGCCGUCAAUUAUAAGUAAACUUCUGUUCCCUAAGAGGUCCACUAGGAUGAUUGACAGCAGCAAAAUUAAACAUAAAUGUCAGUUGGCUUAUGAAUUUCAGAAUUCGUGUGUUUUUGAAAAGCACUGCUAAUUGGGGGCACAAAUUGCAAGCUUUAUAAGCUAUAUUUAAUUUGAAAUAAACUUGUUGUUGUUGUUGUUGUUGUUGUUGUAAACAGUUCAUUUCUUGGGGAUGGUCAAAUCUCGUUUCUCCUUUAAUGGUCAUAAUGCCAUGGUUUUGUUAGUGGUCAAGCACCAUAGUGUGUUUGCUUUGCUUGCCUGACGAAGGUCAGGUUUUUUUUUUUAUAAGCUUCGGACCCCUCCCCACUGGAGCUGCCACUGAUUUGUGUAUUUGUAUCGCAUUUGAAUUUACCCAGAUUUUAUUUGUAUAGAUGCAUGCAGUUAGUUUGAAAGAAAUUUUGAAGCAAACAAAAUAAUGUUGAUCUAUAUGUGUUAUCAUACUGGUAUAUCAAUAUACAUGUAUUUUUAAUAUUCUUAAUAUUUAUUCAUUAUCUCAGGGUAUCAGCACAUACGCAUGUAUGACAUAAAUUCAAGUACUCCCAGUCCAGUAAGUUGCCAACACUUGUUUAUAAUUUCAGUGGUAUGCUUCAAGUUGUGUUUUCCUUCUACUGACAGUUUCUUUAAUCUUGUAAACUUACAGUUAAAAAACCAGGUCUAGUCAACAAUGUCUCAUCUUUGCUUUUCAUUGUAUUGUAUAGUGUUGUCAUUUGUUUUAUAAAAUACUUUAUUUCAAGGUUGUUAAUUAUGAUGGUGUCUCCAAAAAUGUAACUGCUGUGGGAUUUCAUGAAGAUGGCAAAUGGAUGUACACUGGUGGUGAGGACUGUUCAGCUAGAAUAUGGGACUUAAGGUAACUUGGUCUUUUUUUUUCUUAAUAUUCAUAGUCACUGUUUUCUUCAGGUAGAGGUCUGUUUUUGUGCAUAAUGACAAUGGCAAGGAAGAAAUUAUUUUGUAGCUGAAUAAAAGCUGUGUGCAAUUUGAAAAAAUACUGCUAUUUGAUGACAAAGAUCUGAUAUUUUUUGUGGUCUAAUUUGAGCUGAAGGUUCAACAGUUGGCUCUUUGUUGGCUGACUGUCAGUUGUCUUUUCCCGCUGACUUUUAUAUUUUGGUCUAUUAGAGUCUAAUGACAGACAGUUGCCUGCAUUCUACCAAUAGACAGCUGACAGAUGUUGGUGGUCAGCUGUUCUUCAAUUUUGCUAAACUUUCAACCCUUAAAUCUUUGAGCAGUGACCAACUGACCUUAAUGUGAUUGAUAAUACCAAAUUUUUCUGUUGUACUCCACCAUGGACACAACACACCAGACUCUUACAAUAAAUUGACUCUUUUAUCCCAGAAUAAAGUCUUAAAUAAUAUUCAUACAAGUCAAUCACAAACAAACUCUUCAUGGAUAUGAGUGACUCCCAUCCAAUCAGCAAAAAGUAAUAAUAUUAUUAAUGAAUACAUGUACCUUAUACCCUCUAUCUGCAUCAAAUGCAGGGUAGAUUGUAGUAGGUAAGCAAGAUUUUUUUUGGCAGGUCUCGUAACUUGCAAUGUCAACGUGUCUUCCAAGUCAAUGCUCCUGUGAAUUGUGUGUGUCUUCACCCUAAUCAGGUGAUAAUAUUUUUGUUUAUUUAUAUAUCCCUUUUUUGCACAAGAAACAUUGACAUGCUGUACUGUAUUUUUUGCAAUUUAUGUGCUCUUUAUCAGGUCAAUGACCUCAGACAGAAAGCACAUUGCACAGGAUAUUAACUGUGUCAAGCGUGGUUGAUUUCUGCUUUGUCGGGUCAUGCAGUUUAAUCCUAAGUCUCUUGAUGUUCUUAUAACCUAUUGUUAUCAUCAACAAUAUUUAUUUUUGUUUAGAUAUUUACCAGCAGAUUGCAAGUUGAAUGGUUAUUUGUAAUAUAAGUUAUUUUAAAAUAUUAGUUAACAAUUAUAUUACGUGAGCGUGCAUUGGAUAUUAGGUGGUAAAUAGCUAAUGAAGUGCAUAGCGCCGAGUUGGCCAUAUCAAAAUAUGUGUUAUAUUUUGCUGUAGGGUGAGUUGAUUGUUGGGGAUCAAAGUGGUGCAAUUCACAUGUGGGAUCUGAAGACUGAUCACAAUGAACAGUUAGUAAGUCACAGGAAUUUUUUUUAAAUUUUAAAAUAGUUUAUUUAUCAGUGAACUUGAAUCUGAUUUUAGAUCACAAAGGACGGCUAUGCAUUUCCAGUGAAAAAUAUCUGGAAACAAGGAAACUUCUGAAAAGGUGGUCCUGCUUUAAUAUUCUGGUAGGAAUGUUUCGAAAGGAAAUUCAUGUUUAAUUUCUUGAAAUCUAUCAUUGACAGUCAUUUCCGGCUUUUGUGACAAUUUCAGUAAGAGGGACUGAUUUGUGCAAAUGGUAAAUGGGUCUUUAGAAUGACAAUUUUUGUUUACCAUUUGCCCAAUUUGAGCCAACCAGUUAAUGCCUAUGUAUGUAUAUGGUAUAUUAGCAAUAUUUUAUUCAACCAAAGUGAUUUCUACUAUUGCUAUUUUAAUUGCACAUGUCUUUUUCUUUACUGUAGAUUCCAGAGUCAGAUGCUUCCAUUCUGUCAAUAAGUAUUGACAGAGAGGCAUCGUACAUGGCAGCUGUCAAUAAUCAGGUUAUUUUUUUGUGUUUUAAAAAGUUCUGUUGUUCCCCUUAAGUUUCCUUGUUGUCUUUUUUAUCUCCUUGCUUUUCAACAACAACCAGAACAACAACAACAGCAAGAAAAAACAUGCGGAGUCAACUGUCUCUUAAUGGACACCUCAUAAGAUGGAUACCUCAGUAAAAUCAGGGUGCAAAGAAAGUCAGUUUUACAGCUUGCCAUUUGGGCAAGAUGCAGCUAACAUGUACUACACGUUUAGCCCAAAAGUCAUUUCAACCUGCCUGAAAAAAUUUUUUUAAUGAGCAAGAUUGAUUACACUUCUUCUGUAAUUUGAAUUCCCCCAAAAAACGUCACUUUCCCAUCGGGCAUGUUAAGAACAGAAUUCACUAACCUGAUAGCAAAAUCCACUAGCCCCGGGCAAUCGGACACUACUUUCUUUGUGCACUGAAAAUGGACACCUUGAGUUGAUCCUGCCUUUCCACCCCCUUUUUUUGACUUUCCAUAAGAUGGACAUCACCUUUAGAUUGAAACUUAGUACCAGUAGUCCCAAAGGUUUCCACCUUGGUGAGAGAGGACUGGAUUAGCAACUUUAAAUUCCAAAGAACCUGUACCCUAUUGUUGCACCUGUGACAGGUGUCACUGACUUAUUAUCAAUAACCUUUUAGACAAUGUCACCUUAAACUGUUAGUCUUUGUCUUGACAGCUUAGUAUUUGAAGUUUGUGUAUUCUUCUAGUGACUCAAAGUUUGUGUGAAACCUGUUGUGUCACAAUGUUAAAGCUGUCAGUGAACAGAAAAAAGGCAGUUAAGUCAAGAAUCCUUUUCCCCUUUAGGAUAACUUGACAAUCAAUUUGUCCAUUUUUCCGGUACAUCUGUUUAGUUACCCGUUUUCUGACUAAAGUUAUGCAGAUUAAGAAAUAUACACUAUCACGUCAUUCAGUCUAUCAUUCAGUAUUGGUUGUUUGUGUUUAACACAUCACAGAAAGCUUACAUUUUCAUUUUUUGUUGUUAGGGUAAUUGCUAUGUUUGGAGCUUAUCAGGAGGUACUAAAGAUGAUCCAACUGUCCUACAUCCAAGAACAAAAAUCCCCCGAGCUCAUAAAAGAGCAGCCUUGAAAUGCCUCUUUAGUCCUGAUUCUUGGUAAGUAUUCAGUUUAAGUUGAUGAUAGUCAUUUCAUCCAUCAUUUGGCCUGUCUGCUGAAAAAAAAAUGAGCCAGUACAUAUCUAUUGUGCAGAAUUGACUCAGAGCCUGGACACCAUCAUAAAAUUACCUAACCUGAGAGAACAGGUAACAUUUCAUGAUGCCACCACUGGUUUCCCCACAAAAUGGCGUCUGAGAAACGAGUGAAGAAAUUCCAUACUGAUGACACAUCACCACCCAGAUCUGGGUAGUGCUUCUGAUUAAAUGAAGCAAAUGUUCAACCAAUCAGAAGCACAAGCCAGAUCUGGAUGGUGACGCGUCAUCAGUAUGGAAUUUCUCUGCUCUUUUCUCACGCCUGAUCUGUCGCGAAAUGUUGGCUGUUUUCUCAGGCUACAAAUUACCUUGUUGGUAACACUGUUACUUGAUAUUGGUAAUUUAUUCAGUGAAGCAUUAUAUUCCCCAGUUGGAGCAGUGCAUCAACAUUACACAUAAGGUGCUAACAAAAUAUCAGCCCAACACCUCCACCCUGCGCCCUCCACUUAACUGCACCUUACCGUUUGUCUUUGUCAGUGGUGGAUCCAGGGGAGGGGCCCCUUGCCCCCCCCCCCCCCCCCCCUUUUUUUUUUUAACUCCCACGCCCCGGGGCCCAAAAAAACAUUUUUUUUUCCGGGUGGCCCCCCCCUCUCCUUGUGCGGGUUUUGCGCGUGUUUUUUUUUCUUGGGAUUUUUUAUUUCUUCUCCCCUACGAGUGGGUUUUUUCAUUUUUUUUAUAAUCCAAACAAAGAGAACGACCUUCUUCUUUCUCCCUCCUUUUUCUUUAUAAAAAUAGAAACACACUUUGGUUUUUGUAAUUUAUUUAGUGAAGCAUUAAAUUCCCCCCUUGGGGAAAGGCACCAACAAUCCCCCUAAGGGGCUAAAAAAAAAUCACCCCCACCCCCCCCCCCCCCCCCCCCCCCUUAACCGCCCCUUACCGUUUUUCUUUGUCAGGGGUGGAUCCAGGGGGGGGGCCCCUUCCCCCCCCCCCCCCCCCCUUAUUUUUAGACUAACCUGAGGCCUGAAGGGCCAAAAAAAUUUAUUUUGGAGACCGGGUCCUCCCCUUAUCUGAAGGUCUGGAUCUGGCACUGUUCGUUCUCUAGAGUAAUUUGAACUGUACCCUGCUAGCAGAGUUGCUUUAAACUUUCCUAGAUACAUCAAGAAAGAGGAAGCGACUUAUUCCUCUUCCUGACUUAUCUAGGAAGAUCAAAGGAGACUCUGUUAGCAGGGUAAUUGAACUGGUGGAAAGUUUUUUUCCAGCCAGGUAAAUUAGCCAGCAGCUGGCUCUUAGCGACAUCCCUGCAUUCCAAGGCUGUGUUCUUAGAAAAAUGAUAGGAGUCCAGCAUAUGAUCUUAUGAAAAAAUUCUCCACUUGCUCAUGAGAAAAAGUUAGGUGCCAGGGAGGGGUCAUUGGGCACUGGUACAGCACAGUCUUACUCUUUUACUCUGGGUGAAGCAUACUUUCUCAUUCUUAGGAAUCUGUUGAUCUAAUUCCUGUGUGGUGAUGGUCAUUUAUUAAUAGAGACAAAAGUACAUGUAUUGUCUAAAGCAACUUCCCUUUCACCCUAUGUGAUGAUAUUAAACACUGGAAACAUUAGCUAGCAUUAAAUAGCCCUAAGUUUUCUGUAAAUUUUAUUAUUGUUUAUUUUUACCACCUGUCUUAUUUUGUCAUUAUCUUUUAUAAGUUUUCUAGCCACAACCUCUGCUGACACAACAGUGAACAUAUGGCAAACAGCUGACUUCUCUCUUAGCAAAACCCUAAAGGAAACCAGUCAAAGAUGGGUUUGGGACUGUGCCUUUUCAGAAGACUCACAGUAUCUUAUUACCGGUAAUAAUAAAAAUUAAUAUGCCAUUUCUUUGUAGAGAAUGUUGUUUAGAAAUAAGAGUUGUUUGGGUGGGAUUUUGGUGAGUCUGGCUUCCCUAUCUAUGAGCUACAUGGAUUGUAUAGUAAAAUUGGAUAGUUAUUGAACAGGUAAGGGCCAUUUCCAGGAAACACAACACGAUCAUGAUGUCUCAGCAAAUGUUUUACUAUUAACGUACCAAAAAAGUACAUUACCACAAAGAGCGAAAAACUGGGUAGGUUUGUCUGUAUUAUAACUGUUACAAUUCAGACAAACCUAGCUGAAGGCCACUGCAAAACGAAAUUGAAGAAAACGAUGAAAAUGAAGCUGCUCACCAAAUGCUGAGGAUAACAAGGGUUGGUGGUUGGGGAAACCGAGAAAAAAAAUCUACUGCCACGAACACUGUUACACUGAUAGACAUGUAAAACUCUGGUAAAAAAAGGGUGAGAUAACAAACUAUAUAACUAAAUUUACAUACAGAACAAAACAAAGGAGUGUAAUUAAUAAAAUACCGGAGAGCCAAAAGAAAAAGAAUACACGAUAACAAGUAAGUGUAAGAAAACGAAAACAAAAGGGAAAAAUUUGCCUCAACAGUUAAGCUCAUAGCUAGGGAAGCCAGACUUACCACUUUCCCACCGAUUUCCAACUCUUAUUCCGAUAAAACAUUAUAAGUGAUUUUCAUACUUUUUUUUACCUCAAAGCAUCUAUCAGACAUGAUGUCUUUGACCAUUUUGGUAUAAAAGUAGGUGUAGAGUGAACAGUCCUGGUUUAAAAUUGUUUGAUGUGGCGCCAGGGAUAUUUUGCAGAAUGCUGAAUGGCUGCCAAACAUCCAAUUGACUCUGAUGUUUAGUAAUUAGGGUUAGAAAACUGAGUGAAUCAGGUUCCACUUAGGGGCAUUACACUGGGAAAACUGACAGGAAACUUGAUUCACUCAGAUUCCUAACCCUUAUCAAUAAACUUCAUAGUCAUUCAGCAGCUGUUCGGCAUUCUGCAAAAUACCCCUGCCAUUGGUGUGAUAUUCUUUACCUUUUUAGAGUUAAUGUUAACUAAAUAAUGUUAGUCACUAAGGGUGGAAAUUGAUGAACACUAUAAAACAGUUGUACAUAAGGUACACAAACAGACAUUCCAAAGGAAAAACAGUAUUAUUAAUAUAAGGAAGCUGGUUUUAUGAUCCUUUAGAUAAUUAACUGAUAUUUUAUAAUUUUCAUUUUAUCAUUAGCAUCUUCCGACAACAUGGCACGUUUAUGGAAUCUUGAUCAGGCUGAGGUUGUACGUGAAUAUGCCGGACAUCAGAAGGCUGUGGUGGCUCUUGCAUUCAGAGAUGCGCAAGCUGUGUAAACAGGAAAAAAAAAAGAACAGCCAAGGAACUUAUUGUUCCAUAUGAAAUCAUAACGUUCUAUAUUUUUAAAAAGACAUAAACAUUUGUGAUGUGUCUAUGGGAUUUACGUUAGUAGUAUUUUCUUUAUAUCAAAAGAUCCUACAUCCUACAUGCCUUUCAGCUGGACAAAAUGGCUGUGCAAACAGAUUUUGUCUUUUAUACAUUACCAUAGAUGCAAUAAAACCUUUUAAAACACCGAUAAAG